GCCUGCGGACACCACCGAGGAAGCAUCGUCGAGUUCUCUCUUCCCAGCGCCAUCAUGUCGAAGUCAGAGUCGCCCAAGGAGCCCGAGCAGCUGCGGAAGCUCUUUAUCGGAGGGCUGAGCUUUGAGACGACCGAUGAGAGCCUGAGGAGCCAUUUUGAGCAAUGGGGCACGCUCACGGACUGCGUGGUAAUGAGAGACCCGAACACCAAGCGCUCCAGGGGCUUUGGGUUUGUCACCUAUGCCACCGUGGAGGAGGUAGAUGCGGCCAUGAACGCAAGGCCACACAAAGUGGAUGGAAGAGUUGUGGAACCAAAGAGGGCUGUGUCGAGAGAAGAUUCCCAAAGACCAGGUGCCCACCUCACUGUGAAAAAGAUCUUCGUGGGUGGCAUUAAAGAAGACACUGAAGAGCAUCACCUCCGAGAUUACUUUGAGCAGUCCGGGAAAAUCGAGGUGAUUGAGAUCAUGACUGACCGAGGCGGUGGCAAGAAGAGGGGCUUUGCUUUUGUGACCUUCGACGACCAUGACUCCGUGGAUAAGAUUGUCAUUCAGAAAUACCACACUGUGAACUGCCACAACUGUGAGGUGAGGAAGGCCCUGUCGAAGCAGGAGAUGGCCAGCGCUUCGUCCACCCUGAGAGGCCGAAGUGGUUCUGGAAACUUUGGUGGUGGAGGAAACUUCAGUGGUCCUGGUGGCUUUGGCGGCAGCCGCGGUGGUGGUGGCUAUGGUGGCAGUGGGGAUGGUUACAAUGGAUUUGGUAAUGACGGUGGUUAUGGAGGAGGUAGCCCUGGUUACUCUGGAGGAAGCAGAGGCUAUGGAAGUGGUGGACAGGGUUAUGGAAACCAGGGCAGUGGCUAUGGCGGGAGUGGCAGCUAUGACAGCUAUAGCAAUGGCGGAGGCGGCUUUGGCGGUGGUAGUGGAAGCAAUUUUGGAGGCAGAAGCUCUGGCCCCUAUGGUGGUGACGGCCAAUAUUUUGCCAAACCACGAAAUCAAGGUGGCUAUGGUGGUUCUAGCAGCAGCAGCAGCAGCUAUGGCAGUGGCAGAAGGUUUUAAUGACUGCCAGGAAAUGAAGCUUAGCAGGAGAGGAGAGCCAGAGAAGUGACAGGGGAGCUACAGGUUACAACAGAUUUGUGAACUCAGACAAGCACAGUGGUGGCAGGGCCUGGCUGCUACAAAGAAGACAUGUUUUAGACAAUACUCAUGUGUAUGGGCAAAAAACUCGAGGACUGUAUUUGUGACUAAUUGUAUAACAGGUUAUUUUAGUUUCUGUUCUGUGGAAAGAGUAAAGCAUUCCAACAAAGGGUUUUAAUGUAGUUUUUUCUUUUUCUUUUGCACCCAUGCUGUUGAUUG